AUGGCCGCUCAUGGCUCUGUAAGUAGCCGUCUUUCUCAGAGUCUUACGGAGGAUCGCUUCAGGGAAGAAAUCCGACUGCUCUUAAAACAGAUGAACUUCGCUUUUGGUUAAAAUGUCGUGGCAAUCCAGCAAAGGGGUUAAAAACAAAGGCACAAUUGUCGAAAAGGUAAGUACAGUAUUUGUCAGUCGUUCGUGAUACUUUUUAGAAUUAAAAGAGACUUUGAUAUUGUAAAUGGAGAUCAAAAGAUUUAGGAGUUAUUUUUCUCAAUGAAAUGUUUCAAAAAUGUAAUGAUUAAUAGUUUUUCUACUUUUCAUUUUGAAGAAUUCUUGAAUAUGUUGCGUGUGGUCGUGAUAAAGAUGUUGUGGAUCCCGAUAAAAAUCUGA